UCAUAUUAGGAUCUAGAGUGGUUAUCGGUUUAAAUUGUUGGGAACACAACAAUUAAUCAAUGGCCACACCUCCACCCAUGAUUCUUCAAGUCUCCAAAUGCUUAGUUAAACCCUCAUCAUGCUCGAACAUGGCUAUUAAGCUCUUGCAUCUCGCAGCAUGGGAUGUUGCCAUGCUCUCUCCUCACUACAUUCAGAAAGGUCUCCUCUUCGCAAACAUCCCCCCCACGCUCUCCAUCGAGACUAUCAUCCACCGCCUCAAGUCCUCUCUGUCCGUCGCCCUCUGCCACUUCUUUCCCCUUGCUGGCCGUCUCAGAACCGAGAAGGUUUUGGGUGAUAAUGGUAAAGUUAGCAGCCUACAAGUCUCAAUUGAUUGCACAAGCCAAGGUGCAGAGUUUAUCUACGCCGUAGCUCAUGAUGUUACGGUUACGGAUGUUCUCGCACCAUCGGAUGAUGUUCCGUCCUUCGUCCAAUCUUUCUUUCCUUUCAACGGAGCCAUCAACCAUGAUGGCCACACCCUCCCUCUUCUUGCCGUUCAGCUUACCCAACUAUCGGAUGGCCUAUUUGUUGCUUGUUGUUUCAACCAUGUAGUUGGGGAUGGUACUUCUUACUGGCACUUCUUCAACGCGUGGGCCGAAAUCGCUCGAGCGAAAGACGGCGAUCUAACCAUCUCUAGGCCUCCUGUUCACGACCGUUGGUUCAUUGAAGGAGAAAGCCCUCCAGUAAACCUGCCAUAUUCAGACCCAGAGGAAUAUAUUGAAAGGUACAGCCCUCCCCAACUACGAGAGAAACUUUUUCAUUUCUCUUCGCAAUCCCUUGAUGAAUUAAAAGCAAAAGCCAACAAGGAGUGUGAUACCAAUACGAUCUCCUCUUUCCAAGCCUUAUCCUCUCUCAUGUGGCGAUCCAUCACCCGCGCGCGUGGUCUACCUCCUUAUCAGAAGACUAGUUGUCGAUUGGCAAUCCAAAACCGUUCACGACUGCAACCACCCUUAUCGCCCGAUUACUUCGGGAACUCGAUAUAUGCAAUUGCUGCAACCACGACGGUUGGCGAGCUCAUGGCCCAUGGCCUUGGAUGGGCAGCUUUGCUGGUGCAUCAAAGUGUUAGAUCACACACGGAUGAUGCAAUCAGGGAAUUAGUUAAGAAGUAUCAUGAGAAGCCCUUUGUGUAUCCCUUGAGUGGAUUUGAUAAGUACAGCGUGAUGAUGGGGAGUUCACCGAGGUUUGACAUGUACGGAUGUGAUUUUGGAUGGGGGAAGGCUGUAGGGUUGAGGAGCGGGGCAGCGAAUAAGUUUGAUGGUAAGGUGUCAUCGUAUCCUGGGUGGGAGGGUGGAGGGAGCGUGGACCUCGAGGUGUGUUUGUUGCCGGAGUAUAUGGCUUUGCUUGAGGUGGAUGAGGAGUUCAUGGAUGCUGUUUCUCCUCCUCCUAACUGAAUUGAAGUCUACAUAUAUACUUGCUCCAGAAUAUAUAUGCUUCAAUCUAGAGGAUGAAGAAUGAGCUUUCUUGUUCUUACCAGCUAUUACGUUUGAUUCAUAUUGAUAAGAGUAUUUGAAUAAAAACGAGGGGAUAAUAUUACCAUAUAUGUGCCUAGUUGA